GCCGGCAGCCUGAUCAUGCCUCCACGCAGAGUUCCUCACGAAAAACGCCAUCCAUGUACUCACAUCACCAUGACGCGUCUAUACGACCCUCUGGGCUCCUUCACAUGCUCCGUAUGCAGCAAGCACCCCAAUGUCGGCUGGCUGUAUCGCUGCACACAAGAUCACAGUGGCUUCCUGCCCGAGUUCGAUUUCACGAGCCAGACCGCCCCCGCAAACAGGCCUGCUGUUACUCUUGACUUUAAUGCACACUGUCUCAGUCCCUCAAUUGUAAAGGCAAUUGAGGACGGGCAAUACACAAGCGACCAGGUCAAAACUUUGAUAAAGCAAAAAGAGAGAGUUAGGGAGGCCAUUUUCGGCGCAGGUGGUCGACCUCCUACUUCCUCAACUUCGACCACCACCUCAUCUUCAUCCGAGGGUACGUUUUCGAUUUUGCCUCAAAGCACCACCUUCUCAACAAAUUCUACCGCUUCGCUUGACGAAGAGAUCAAGGCAGCAUAUGAUUGGAAAGAAUUGCAGAAAGCGUGGAUGUCAGAGCCAUCAGUACCUCCUCCCGAGUACCAAUCUACGCAACCACCAUCGAGUCCUUCUGGACUCUCUCGAGGCACAACCUUACCCGCCGACCAAAUUUGUGACUUCAAAGUCUGUCCUAACUGCCGCCCAACCUAUCGCGAGCGUGCCUGCCAGUCUCUUAACCACAUAUUGAACAAUCCAGUGCAGCUUCCCCCGAUAUGGGAAUUGGAGAAUCGCAAAUUGUCUGAUGCCAGAACCGUCGCUGCGAUUGAGCUGCCAGCACUUCCGCGAUUCUAUGCUCAAACCACUCCUAACUCAUUUCAAUCCCACCACAGCGUCCCUGAAAUGAGCGUUGACCUAGAAGAUGGGUCAAUAUCGGGCCAGCAGGUCGGCGAUGCACAUUCUGUGCGCAAGCGGAGUGGCUUCCGACAGACGGUCAGGAAGGCUUUAGCAAGAGCUCGACUUGAAGAUUCUUCGACUCCGUCCACUGUUAGCGAUACUGACUCUAGCCUUGGUUCAAAUACUAACACGUCGCGACCGUCUCGCUCUCUCAUAUUCAGACGCAGAAGACCGCGUCCUACCCUGUCGUGUGUCGAAACCCGUGGUCGGAUUGUUGAUACCAGUGCACUGCAAGAUUCAGUCCUGCUGAUGCUGGCCACCAACACUCCUUUGCCGCAUACACCAACGAUGAGCAGCCAUCAACUGAAUCGACUCGCAGAUCAGAGCACAGAGCAGACUCUCUAUGGAACUGCCUUGCAGACUGCAGGCCUUAUGGCUCAUGCUUAG